AUGUGCGAGUCCUGUGUGGCCGAAGAGCCUGUAUCCUACGAUUGGCCGCGGGAUGUUAAUUAUUGCUAUUCCCUAUGGUCUCUUGCCAGUUUCAUUGGGAUUCUACUAUUUAAUUACUGUCUUGGACCUCGUGUGUUUGAAAGGGUGUCUUCUACUUACCGUCGUCUUCCACCCCUCCAGAGACUGGAGUGGAAUUGUCGCGUCUCUUCCACUAUUCAUGCCACCUUGGUGACUCUCCUCAGUUUCAUGUCUCUUCUCUUUGACACUUCUCAAUGGGCUGAUCCAAUCGCCUCCAUUUCGCGACCCGGUUGCAUAGCCUUGUCAAUAACGAUCGGAUACAUGCUUGCAGGUAGCCGCAGCGGAUUUCGUUUUUUUUAUCUUUUAGAUACAAUUUCGAUGUUCACAUUCCAAAGGGGACUGGAACUGCUUCUAUUUUGUACUCAUCACCUCGUAGUCGCCAUCUGCUUCACCUUCCUUCUGGUAAGGCCCACUGGGACUCCUCACCUUUCUCCUUCGGUUAUCUACAGAAUAGCCCCCGUCUACGCCAUCAUUCGGCUGACCAGUGAAAUUUCGACACCAUUUCUAAAUCAAAGAUGGUUCUAUCGCAUUGUUGGCGGGAAGAAUGCGGACAGACGAGCGGCCAAUGCCACUCUCGUUUUCACCUGCCUUUUCACUCUUGGACGAUACGUCUUACCCUUUCCUUACUGGGUAGUUUUCUAUCGUCACUUCAACUCCAAGCCUCACUUGGCCGUCAAGGACAAGUUGCCUUUCUUCACCAACUGCUUUAUUUCAUGUCCUGUCCUCCUCGAUAUUCUCAAUGCUGCUUGGGGCUACCCAGUCUUUAUUGUUACUAAAAAGGCUCUAGUUACCCUAGGAUACAUCCGUUCUACACCUAAACGCAAUGGAAUGUUGAAUCACAAUGGAGGAGUAGGGAGUAGCUCUUACUGCAACGGAAGCCUCCACGAGGAGUAG